UGUAUAUCUAUUUUUGGUUUUUUGAAUAAUAAAAAGAAUUUUUUAAGGAAAAAAAAUUUUUUUGUUUGUUGCUUUUCCCUCAUUUUUGUUUUGUUUGUUGUUUAUUGCUCAUUCAUCUACACACACCUUUAUUUUAUACUGAUUUUAACUAGUUUUCUUCAUCUUUUAUUGUUUAAAUGAGUAUAUUUACCUAUUAUUUAAUACAAAAUGUAUAUAUUAUUUUUUAAUGGUCACAAUCGUGUUUUUCAAAAUUUUUCAAAAAAAAUUUUUUCAAAAAAUUUUUUAAUUUAAGGUAAAAUUCUUUUUAAAAAAAUGCCAAAUUGCCGUUUUUGCACUUUUCUGCUUUGUAGCUGUCGUUAUUAUUUUAAUCUUCAACCUCAUUUUCUUUUAAUUCUGUUGUUGUUGUUGUCAAUUCCUCAAAGCCUUCAGGACUCACAAACUGGUAGUAAUGGUGGUAUUUCUCUAGCCUGCGGAAAUGCUCUUAGUUCUUCUUCAAGUAACAUUCCAAAUAGCAACAGUAACAAUCCAGCAGUCCAAACAUUGUCACAAUAUCAACUUGUUGGAAUGGACGUUUUAACCAAAAAUGUUUGCUCCCCUUUGUCUGUUGAACCAACUACAGCUUAUUUGCCUGGAAGUGGUUAUUUGGUGGCUAAAUGUGAUGAGUGUUCCAAAUGUCCUCAAGAAUUGUUACAUUUACAUAGAGCGCUUACACAGUUGGCAGUUAAUGCAAAACUUCAGUCCUUGAUCAUUGUUGUUGAUAAAGAAUUGGAACGAUUACGACCUGCUUCUAGCCGAACAACACCAGGAAAUUCACCUUUAGUUAAAUUUGUAUUUUCAACUUCGUCUUCAGAUGAUGAUGGAGGUUUACUUUCUCUAUGUGAUCCUAAUGGUGAUGCGAGUAAUGAGUCUCUCAAAAGUUUUUCAAAAACAUCAGUUUUAUUUGUUUCAAUUUCUUUUAUUAUUUUAAUCGUAAUUUCAUUGGCAUGGUUGGUAUUUUAUUAUGUUCAACGUUUUCGUUAUGCUCAUGCAAAAGAUAGAUUGCAGAGAAGGCUAUUUAAUGCUGCAAAAAAAGCUUUGGCUAGAAUUCCAACACGUCCAGUGAAAUCAGGGGAUCGAGAAUUAAAUUCAGACUGUCCUGUUUGUAUUGAUCCUUAUAAACCUGGAGAUAUAUUGAGGCAACUUCCAUGCAGGCACAUUUUCCACAAAAGUUGUGUUGAUCCAUGGCUAUUAGAACACCGAACUUGUCCAAUGUGUAAAUCUGAUAUUCUAAAAGCUUUUGGUUAUCAUGUUAGUAGCCGUAGUAGGCCAGCACAAUUUUCAGCAAGUGUGGAUGAUGAUGCUCCAAGUGGGGGAAGAGGAGGAGGAGGAAGAGGGGGAGGAAACACGAACAAUAAUAAUCAUAGAGAAGGAGACAGAUUAAGUAUAGAAUCAACAUGUAGCGAUUCUGCCAAUCCUUUCCCUGUUGUUACUGAAGUACACGAUCCGUUUGGUUUUUCUCCUUCUACAUCGCCACAAUUUGUUCAGGGGAUUAGGGUUAUGAGAAGAAUGUUAAUGUAGGAACGAUUAAAAAGAUUUGGUAAUUUCUUGUCCUUUUUUCUUGUUUAUAAUUCAUGUUCUGUGUUAAAGCACGAGAAUAAAUUUCGGCAUUCCCGUCGUUUAAGGGGGCUGCCGUUUUAUAAAACCAAUGUAUUUUAUUCGGUUUUCUAUCA